AUGCCGGUGCCCAAGAAGUAUCGCCGGGCGACACCCGGGACGCUGCGGCCUGGAGCAGUGCGGGGGUUUACCCAAGGACAGUGGCGGGCGGGAGGCCGCGUCCCGCUCUCUGCUCCCUUUGGGUCACCCAAAGCUGAGGGGAAAACCCUUCCAGGCAGCCCUGUGCAAGGAGGUUAUGGGCAGAAGUUGCUGCCCGUAGCGAUAUCUGCGGUAGAUAAGUUAAAACUGGAUGGCGUUGACGCAGCUUUGACUGGUGGACUGAAAGGUCUGUAUGCUGUGAAACCAGGGGAAAAUGACAUAGAAAGUUUGUGGAAAAUGUGUGGUAGUCGCUCUUCCAAAACCUUCAAACCAAAGAAGAAUAUUCCGGAGGGGUCUCACCAGUAUGAGCUGCUAAAACAUGCCGAAGCCACGCUUGGAAGCGGUAAUCUCCGGAUGGCUGUUAUGCUUCCAGAGGGUGAAGACUUAAAUGAAUGGGUUGCAGUUAACACUGUCGACUUCUUCAAUCAGAUUAAUAUGCUUUACGGAACCAUUACGGACUUCUGCACAGAGGAGAGCUGCCCUGUGAUGUCUGCUGGCCCAAAAUAUGAGUACCACUGGGCAGAUGGGACAAACAUAAAGAAACCAAUUAAGUGCUCUGCACCAAAGUACAUUGAUUACCUGAUGACUUGGGUCCAGGAUCAGCUGGAUGAUGAAACGCUAUUUCCUUCUAAAAUAGGUGUACCGUUCCCAAAGAAUUUCAUGUCAGUGGCAAAGACAAUUUUAAAGCGUCUCUUCAGAGUUUAUGCUCACAUUUAUCACCAGCACUUUGAUCCAGUGAUCCAGCUACAGGAAGAGGCACACCUUAACACUUCUUUCAAGCACUUUAUAUUUUUUGUUCAGGAAUUCAACCUUAUUGAUAGAAGAGAACUUGCACCACUUCAAGAACUGAUUGAAAAACUCACCUCUAAGGACAGAUAAAAGGAAGAGCAUUUCUUGAAGUCACUUGUUUCUUUAAGCAAGCGUGUGGUAUUUGUUUUUUGUUCAUUUGUUUUUUUAAAAAACAAAACAAAACCCUGUGCUGUUACUAAUGGCAGCCAAGAUCUACUUUCUGUGCUUUUAUUAGGGGAAAUCUUUUACCUGUUAGUGACACGUGGUAAAUAGCUUUUUUUUUUUUUUUUUAUUGUUGUUAUUCAUUGUGGAAUUUUAGCAGGUGCUGAGUGUUUAUAAAGGAAACAUGCUUGGUUGGGGGAUUGACUCUGCUGGUGGAUGGGUUCUUGUAUUGUGUCAGUGGUAGCCCAUUCUCAUGAAGUCCCUAAAAGACUUGCUUACAUUCUCUAAGUGCCUUGGCAGACUCACUUCUGAGGUGCAAAGCACAUACAGUACUGAACAUUGCUGGAAACAGAAAAUAUGAACUAACACCCAGGACACUUACUGAUACUUGUUUUAGAAAAAUAUAUAUAUGCUUACACUAAAAAAAGCCAUAACUUACUGAAAUCAAUGAUCUCCAGCUUUUAAUACAAAUAUUUGUCUUAUUUUUUUAGAGAUUAAUAUAGAUUUUUUCAAAACUAGAUAUUUCUUAUAAAGAAAAGUGAUGGUGAAGUUCUAUUUGCUAAAGCGAAAUGAUGAAGGCGGUGUCAAAAUUACAAAGAACCUGUGCUUAGUAAGUAGUUACAUUUCUGUUGCCAUUGGUUUUGGCUUUUCAUAGUUGCUUUUAUUUUUUUGACAGGGAAGCAUCAACUUGGGUCAGUCACUUCUGUUAAGUUUCCUAGCAUUUGCCAAAUGAACGGUUAGUUUGCACAGAUACAGUUAGGGAAAAUAUUCAAUCUAAAAAAAUGCAUUGGGGUAAUACUAAGAAAAAUCUGGCUUGAAGAAUAACUAGUGAAAUGACGUUCGUAAGUUGUGAACAAAAAACCUGGCUCUGUGCAGGAGCUCUGGUGGCUAGUGUUUUCUGUGGUAGGAAAUGUAUCUUGGAGGGAAUAUAAUUUCAUGGACCAUGAGAAAACCUAAUCAAAAUGUGGCCUUCCCCCACCUGGGUUAGUGUCUUUCCCUCUCUAGCCUUGUGUUUUCUCAAACCAGAAAUGAGAAUCACCUGUGAGAAGGUAAUCUCUGGGAUGAUCCACAGAUGAUGACUUGGAAAUUUCUGCUGCAACUGUUUCAGUCAGGUUUCCCAUUUGCAGAAGCCUGCAUGACUAGCUCUCUUGUUCAUUUACGGAUCUUGUCAAAGCUGUUGUAUUUUGGAUUCAAAGAAAUCUGUAUGGGGUUCUGCAAUGUGCUAUCUCAUGAUAUCAGUAGUUGCCAAAUACAGUACACCAGGUGGUCAGUGUUGCCAGGCUUUGAUAGAUUGUGACUCUGCAAAACCACCAUUUGUAGACCUGAGUAACAUGAAGAUGUUUAAGUGGCUGGUAUACGCUAGACUGACUCUUGAGCCUCUAAAAUUUGCAGGCGAAGCCAAGGUUAGCGUGCAACAGAAAGGUUGAGGUUAUGUUUUGUGCACCUUUGCUUGACUGAAAAUGCUGAGUAAAGUGGAAAAUACUGUGCAGCAGCCUGCAAAAUAUGUAAGUGGCCAUUAGUAUAGCCAGCUAAUAAACUUUUAAGCACACUCAUUUUUGGGAGACUAGAAACGCUACUUCUGAGUUAAAAUUAUCUAUUUCAGAAGCUUCUGAAGGUUAUUUUAAGACCUAUGUUAUCUUCAAUGGAGUUAAAUUUCCUAGUCUGUUUCAGCUGCUUCCUGGAGAAGCAAUUUAAUUUUUGUUAUCUCUUCUGUCUCUCUGUCUGUCUGUUUCUCUUCCCCCGCCCCCCUUAACAGACUUGAGAACAAUUGAGAAAACCUAGUAUUGAGAUAUUGAGCUAUAAACUGGCGUUUUGUACUCAUUUCACUGCUUUUUUAUUUAGAAAUGGAAAUGUGGAGUGUUGCAUAGUGAAGAAUGGUCAUGCAGUGGUGUUCAUGUUGAAUUUAGGUUUGGCUACACUAAUGUUAGAUACAGAGGCUGCUAGCAGAACAACCUGCAGUUAAGCAUUUGUAAUUAAAACAGUCCUUGGUUUCAUUCAAAGCUUCAUUACAGUUCAAGAAAUUGUAGAAUUUGUUUGGCUCCUUUGCAGAUCAAUGUCAUAGCCCAUUAUUAUCUGCUCAAAGGAUAAGUGAAAUUUUCAGUUUUCCUUAUGUUUUGGCUUUUUUUUAAUAUCGUACAGAAUUACCAAGUUUUCUUAAUGUGUGGAUGUCCAAGGAAAGGACUUUUAUAUUGUGUUUUUCUUAACAUUGAGUGUUAGGAUUGGAUUGGUGUUACCACAGUCCACACUGAAUCAAGCUGAUGAUGCGAAGAGAGCUUUCCCUCAAAUGUUUUAACAAACUCUUAGUUUAAAAAGGGUGGAGUAAGGUCUUACCCCUUCCCAGCCAGUAAGGAUCUUGACUCUUCCGUGUACAUACACACACGUGGGAGGAAAAGAGGGGAGAUACUCAAUGUCUCUUACGUCUUCAGGGAGUUGGGGGUUGGAAAAAUAUGCACAAGGCGUAAGAAAAUUAGAACCAAAAGCAAACAAGAAGCAUGAGCAAAAUUUCCUUUCCUUUGCCAAGUUGCCUGUUACUGCAGUAUUCACCCCAAUGCUUUUGUCAGUCCUACUGUUCGUAGGACGUACUUGGUCUGGCAAAUGUUGGAUUUCCUCAUGUAAUUCUAUUGGCCAGUGGAAGAGUCAGUUGGUGCUGUAGGACCUAAAUGCUGCUGUCUGGAGUUGAGUAAUGGGUUGAUAAGAAAGAAGGAGCUCCCGUGGGCAAAAUAUCCCAUGUGUUGGACUGGGCAAGUACCAUCCUGUUGAACAGUUGGAGAAAAAGCGUUCCUUUGGUAAGUGCUAUCCUUUUUAUGGGCUGUAUGGUAUGAUUGACAAGGUAGCUGGGAAUGCAGUACUUCUACGGACCAUGUGCAUCAUUUGUGACGUCUUUGCAGCUGCAGGUUUGUUUUUAACUGAGUAGCAUACCUGACAUCUGAUGUGGACAUGACUACUUGAGCCUGGUUUGGCAGCAGUCAGGUGGCAGAGCUAGCUUUGGGUGCAGGGUUGGAGGGCUCUCUUAGCUCAGGACUGAAAAACGCAAAAGGCUGUCGUCUUUUCAAUGUUACAGGAGCAGUCAGCAUCCACCUGACUAUGCAAAAGCAGCUUAACUCCCAAAUUUGAACUGCAUGAUUUUAAACAGAGUCCACUCAUGCAGGGAGCUGAAUUUAAGAAUGUGAUCUUAGACACACAGCCUUUUAUGCAUGCUUCUAUCCAAGGAGUGUUUAAUGACUGAAAAUUUCCAGCUACAGAGGCGUGAAGAGUGCUGCAGAUGCAGUUUGAUAUUAAAAAUCCUGUAAACUUUCCAAUGAAAACCUCUUUGCUGAGUUGAGUCAGUGCUGCUCAAGAGGCUGCUGCGUGUGCAUGUUCGCUGUGCUGAUAGUGCUUACUGGAGAGGAGCCUUUUAACCAGUGCUAGAGCUCCUGUUACCACAUCGCAGCAAGACACGAGAGUGAGAAUGGCAGAAGCCUGCUCCAAGGUGCUAAAUAGGAGAUAUCCUCCGUUAGAUUUAAAGCUGUCUCUGGCGUGGUGUCAUGUACCAGCACAAAAAUCAAAAGAAAAAUAUUUAGAAGCGAGGAUUUGUGUGGAGUGAUAUCAGUGUGGUAGUUCGCUUUUUUGGCAUACUUCUGCUCUGAAAGGUGUUUUUUUCUGUUGGUGGUUUUUUUUUUGUUGGU